AUGGUGUUUCAGAUUCGUACUGAUGAUAUCAAAGCAAGUUUGAAAGACGCUCCGAAUGCCAAGUACUACUACCCGCCCAAAGUUAUGGUACCGCUACCGUCGUGUUUCUACAAUCCAUCAGGAUACGUCUGCUGCAAUCUGCAAUUGAACAAUCUUAUUGAGGAUACGUUCGAAACGGUAAAGAACGUGCAAGGCUACAGCGCAUGUAAUAUCGCACGAAUGGCCAACAUCAUUCAGAGUGUUGUCGCUUUGUCGGAUUUCGCCCAAAAUGUUCACUUUGCUGGCGAUUUGGUUUGUAAAGUGGAGAUCGACGGC